GUCUAUGCACAAUCACUCUCCCAAUACUACCACCAUUUAGGGCUGGCCGUUCGGUUAGCGGUUACCGAUUAACCGGCCGGUUAAACCGAUAACCGCCGGUUACCGGUUAACCGACUAACCGAAAAUGGGGGCUUCGGGCGGUUGGCGGUAGUGGGUUUUACUGUGCCGGUUAACCGGCUAACCGGCAAAUAAAAACGACGCCGCUCAAACAAUCCACCCGACCCCUGUCUCCUAACCCCCUAACCCUAAUCGAAUGCAAGCUCCUUUGCAAACGGCCUCGCCCUCCUCAGCUCCUCUGCAAUCGGUGGCAUGCGACGAGAAAGAAGGUAAUUGGUGGGGAAGGUCUGGUUGCUGGCCAGGUGGUGGACAUCAUUUCCGAAGGAAAUUCCGAGGUGGGUUUGAAAGAGCUGGAGUUCAUCCACGUACACAAGACGGCCAAGCUGCUCGAGGGCUCGGUGGUUCUGGGUGCGAUCCUCGGCGGCGGGAGCGACGAUGAAGUGGAGAGGCUGCGGCGGUACGCGAGGGACAUCGGGCUGUUGUUUCAGGUGGUGGAUGACAUACUCGAAACAUAAGACGGCUGUGAAGGACCUGGUGGAGGAUAAGGUGACUUAUCCGAAGCUGAUGGUGAUUGAGAAAUCCAGGGAGUUCGCGGAGAAGUUGAAUGAGGAAGCCCAAGAGCAGCUGACUGGGUUUGAUCCGGUAAAGGCUGCGCCUUUGAUUGCUUUGGCUAAUUACAUUGCUUAUAGGCAGAAUUGAGAAUCCAGAUUAUGGUCUCUGUAAUGUGGGAUUUUGUUGUAGUAGAAUUACCUAUUGCGUUGAUUUAGCAAGAGCAGAAGGGGGGGAUUAGGAGGAAUCUGUGCCACUGUGUAAUAUUAUGGAAAGAUGGGUUAUUGUAAGCAUGGAGAUUGUUAACUUAGCUCAUGGUUUGUAGCAGAGUUUAGAACAGGCGGAAAUGACAGCCAUGAAUUAAUGGUGAGAUUAUUA